GUGUCAGGAACUCGGGUUUUUUUCCUACUUUGAAGUAUGGGAACUGUAGUCCCUGUGCUCGGUGUCCGUGAGAACUACAUUUCCCAGAAAACAACUCUCCCGGCAGGCGGCCCCUUCCGUCCGCGGCCGGGCCCGGCAGCGUUAUAAAAGCAGAGGGGACUCGGGUGACGUGGCUGUCCCUCUGAAUUCCUGUCCUGGAACCGUUUGUAGAAACCUGUAUCUUCCACCUUGAACUUGUCCGACCUCUUUCUGUGGAGCAUCUUGGAUGCGUGUUAAAAACAAACUGGAGCCUCGGGCCUCGCUAGCUGAACAUGUUCUCUGCCAGGAAGCUGUCAGGAGUUUGCAGAGCCAUCAGAUUCCAUCCUUUCAGAUCCCACUCUGUAUCCAGGACCUCUCCAAACUUGGCUUUCGUGCCAGCCUGUCUUCCCCCAGAUCCUGUGGAAGUAGAGCAGCUGCAGCACUUUGUUUCCAACUCCAAGAGGCUGUUUGUAAUGACUGGAGCUGGCAUCUCCACUGAAUCGGGGAUCCCAGAUUACCGCUCGGAAGGUGUCGGGCUCUACGCCAGGACAGACAGACGGCCCGUCCAGCACGCUGAGUUCGUUCGUAGUGCCAGUGCCCGACAGCGCUACUGGGCAAGGAACUUUGUGGGCUGGCCCCAGUUCUCCUCCCACCAGCCAAACACAGCACACCUGGUACUAAGAGACUGGGAGAAGCUGGGGAAGCUGCACUGGCUGGUGACCCAGAACGUGGAUGCGCUUCACACCAAAGCCGGGAGCCAGCGCCUGACAGAGCUGCACGGCUGCACGCACAGGGUUUUCUGCCUGGCCUGCGGAGACCAAAUCUUGCGCUCUGAACUUCAGAAAUACUUUGAAGCUCUGAAUCCAACCUGGAAAGCUGAAGCGCUCGAAGUGGCUCCAGAUGGGGAUGUCUUCCUGACAGACGAGCAGGUGCGUAGUUUCAAAGUCCCAGCCUGCCGUAAAUGUGGUGGAAUCCUGAAGCCCGAUGUGACCUUUUUUGGAGACACGGUGAACCGGGAAAUAGUGGAUUUUGUGCACCAACGCCUGGCGGAAUCAGACUCCAUGCUGGUGGCAGGAUCCUCUAUGCAGGUAUACUCUGGUUACAGGUUUGCUCUUGCUGCCCGGGAUAAGCAGCUGCCAAUUGCGAUCCUUAACAUUGGGCCCACAAGAUUAGAUCACUUUGCAUCCUUAAAACUGAACUCCCGCUGUGGAGAGCUGCUGCCUUUGAUUGUUGUACAUGAUACAACCAGCUGAGCUUCAGUAGCUGAAAAAUUAUUUCUACAAGGACUCAUCAUCUCAAAAGGGGAAAACCUUUAUCUAAGAGGCAGCUGGGAGAUCCAGUGCAUGGCCCCUGAAGACACCAGGAGAGGGCAGCAAGCCUCGCACAUGUCAACCUCACCAGUUUUCUCCAUUGAGACCAUCUCCACUUACCAGGAAACAGAGUGAUAAUGAAAAAAGUACUUUUCUGCCUCACUUUGCCAUUGUAAACAGUGCCUUUUCAUUCACUGGGAUAGGAUAAUCAGGCUACCAUAUCUGAGAACAAUACACCUUUCUUAUAAUUGUCCCCAGAGAAGAAUGAGGGACAGGGAUUUUGACCGAGUAACUUGAGGCUAUAGCGCAGGAGGGCAAUGUGGAAAACCACCGUAUCUGCUGGAGAAUGAGGAAAAGGAGGCAAGAGGAACUGCGGUUGGUUCAAAACAGAAGCUGAACAAGAAUACUGCUCUUUUUAGAGAUUGUUUGAAAGCACAGGAUAUAAGGCUGAUGUUUCCUAGCAAGGCGGGCAAGUCAGCAUAUCUCUUGACUGUCAGCUGACAAACUAAACUGCUUACUAUCUGAACCAUUUAAAAAUUAUAUAUUGUUGAGAUGCCAGAGGAGUUACUUUGAGCUAAUGUGACCAGAACUUUCAGUGUAGCUGCUGCAUUUUCCAGAAUGCAUUUUUUGAAGAUGUUACUCGAUGAAUAGCUAAAUAGUAAAUUAAAAUUGUUUACAAGACUGA